ACUUCGUGUUCGAAUAACGAUCGGUUGUUUCAAUGUCGGAAUGGCAAAUGCAUUACGAGAAGGUGGUUGUGUGAUGGUACCGAUGACUGUGGCGAUAAUUCAGACGAAAUUUCUGAUACUUGCUCGGAAAAUGAAUGCCUGCAAGGCCAAAUGCGUUGUCGAAAUCUGAAGUGCCUACCCAGCAGGUAUGUUUGCGACGGUGUCGACGACUGUGGCGACUACACAGAUGAACUGGAUUGCGGUACGUUGUCUUGCCUGCCUUUCCAGUACAAAUGUUCAAUCACUGGUGAAUGUAUACACUGGAGUUGGUUGUGCGACGGUCUCAGAGACUGUCCCCGAGGCGAUGACGAG